AGUCUUGUGGAGCACACACCCAUUUGCUUUAGUCUCUAUUUGUUAGAAACGAAACUAUGACAAUAACCACAUAACCCGCCCAUUGGAAGGUAACAAUGUGGUCCAUAUCUAAUCAGACAGUCAUUUGCUCUUGAAACUCAGAGACGACAAGAUGGCUAUCUCUUGUCCAACUAAGAGAAUGGCUCAGAACUCCUUGAAAAUUAAGCUGCAGGAUUUAGAAUGCCACUUCACCUGGAAGCUGGACUGCAGCAGAUCUAAACUAGAAAGUCUCAGAGAAACCCUGAUAGAUAUCAUCAGCAGCGAGGGGGUUCAAUGUUCCUGGACGGGUCAACUGUACAACUUCCUGGCUUACCUACACCACACUUUGGGCUCCAGAGAGGACGCUCUUCAAUACCUGAAGAAGGCUGAAGAGGCCAUUCGCCUAAACAGCCCAGACGACGUGGAGCUAAGUCUGGUGGUCCACUAUGGGAACUUGGCCUGGGUGCACUAUCACCAAGGGGAGCUGACAGAGAGCCAGACCUAUGUGGAGAAGGUGGGGAGACUACUGAGGGACAACCCCUCAACCUGCCCAGGUGUAGUGUGGGGAGAAAGGGCCUGGACUUUGAAUAAGUUUGAUGUAAGCAAGAAGGCAGAAGCACUACAUUGCUUCUGGAUGGCUUUAAAGGGGACCCUGAGAACAAGAGAAUUGGAUCCAGAAGAUUUGUACAUCACAGUGAUGUACCUGCAGAGGCUUGCAGAGAGCGGCCAGGUUGAGGAAGCACGUAAACUUGCAGAGGAAGUGAUAGAGAAGCCUUUGGACAGCUUUGGUGGAUUUGGAAUCUUGCUAUCAUUUUUCAGAGAAUACGUCUCUCAUGAUUCAAGCAUUGACCUGGUAAGAAGGACCCUGGAGAGACACCCUGAUUCACGCCAGCUGAAGAAGCAUCUUGCGCAGUGUGUUACAAGUGGAAGAUUUUCUCUCAAGAAGAGAAAAGGAACUCAAUGA